ACCAAUUUGUCUAGCACCUUGCUCGCUUACGGUCACUCACUCUCGGAUGCAAAGUUUUAGCGAAUUCUCGGACCCCCAUCCAUUCGUCUCUAAUCCGGCGUAUAUCGAGAAAUCGGAGAGUUCUCCCUUGUCUGAUGCUGGCAGCUCCGCCCCAAGAACCACUCACUCGGACGAGGAAGUUAUACUGGCCUCAAGCAGGCCCAAGAAACGCGCUGGCAGGAGGAUUUUCAAGGAGACGCGACACCCGGUGUAUCGCGGAGUCAGGAAGAGGAAUAAUAACAAGUGGGUCUGCGAGGUGCGUGAGCCUAACAAGACGUCCAGGAUAUGGCUCGGGACGUACCCCACCGCUGAGAUGGCAGCACGGGCACACGACGUGGCCGCUCUAGCUCUGAGAGGAAGGUCGACGUGUCUCAACUUCGCCGACUCGGCGUGGCGGUUGCAUUUGCCGGGUUCUAGGGACGCGAAGGAGAUAAGGAGAGCUGCGGCGGAGGCGGCGGAGGCCUUUCGGCCAGUGGAGUUCGGCGGGGACUGCGUCGGAGAUCUAGGGAAAGAAGAAGUGAUCAAGCAAUGCCAAGAGAAUUACGGAAGUAUUGAGAGCUGUGUGCUGGAGGAAACGAAGACUGAGCAGGAAAAUGUGUUGUACGUGGACGAAGAGGCACUGUUCAACAUGAGGGGCUUGCUAGUGAACAUGGCUGAAGGGCUACUACUGUCCCCACCAUCUUGCCUAGGAGGUGAAGUCAUGGGGAAUGACAUGGGGCUGGAUGCUGAGGUGUCAUUAUGGAGUUUCACCAUCUAAAUUUCACGUUUAGAAAAAAGCAGCUUCCAUGUCCAUCUUCCUUUGACUUCGUUUGAGCAGUGUAAAAGUUGUUCAAUUGAUAUACCGUCAGGGCCUAGCAAUAGGAAAUGAUAGAGAUAUAGGCAGCGAAAAUUAAAAUAUGGCUUUUAGUAAACUAGUAAAUAGAACUAUAUCAUUAAUUCAAUGUUUGAUUCUUUAACAUGUUAUAAAUAUACCAAAUUAUCUGUU